ACGCCAUCAAAUAUGGUUCCGUCUCCGAUAUUUACGUAUCCAAUCGAAUUUUGGAUUCUUAUAUAAAAUUUGGCUUCUUGGGUUAUGCACAUAAGUUGUUCGAUGAAAUGCCUCAGAGAGAUUCUGUGUCUUGGAACACGGUGAUUUCUGGAUACACAAGCUGUGGGAAAUUGGAGGAUGCAUGGUCUUUGUUUACAGAUAUGAAGAGAUGUGGAUGUUAUGUUGAUGGGUAUAGUUUUAGUAGGUUAUUGAAAGGGAUUGCUUCUGCGAAAAGGUUCGAUCUUGGAGAGCAAGUGCAUGGUUUGGUUAUAAAAGGAGGUUAUGAGUGUAAUGUGUAUGUUGGAAGUUCGCUUGUUGAUAUGUAUGCGAAAUGUGAAAGAGUUGAAAAUGCUUUUGAGGCUUUUAUGGAGAUUUCAGAGCCUAACUCUGUUUCAUGGAAUGCUUUGAUUGCUGGAUUUGUGCAAGUGCGAGAUAUCGAGACUGCUUUUUGGUUGUUGGGUUUGAUGGAGAUGAAAGCUGCUGUGACUAUGGAUGAUGGCACUUUUGCUCCACUUCUUACUUUGCUUGAUGAUCCGAUGUUUUGUAACUUGUUGAAGCAAGUUCAUGCUAAGGUUUUGAAACUCGGGCUUGAACACGAGAUUACUAUAUGCAAUGCGAUGAUCAGCUCUUAUGCAGAUUGUGGUUCAGUAUCCGAUGCAAAGAGAGUUUUUGAUGGCUUGGGUGGCUCAAGAGACUUGAUUUCGUGGAAUUCGAUGAUCGCAGGUUUCUCUAAACACGAGCAAAAGGAAUCUGCUUUUGAACUAUUUAUUGAAAUGCAUAGGAAUUGGAUCGAAACUGACAUUUAUACUUACACCGGCAUCGUAAGUGCUUGCUCUGGCGAAGAACAUCAGAGUUUUGGAAAGUCUUUGCAUGGUUUGGUGAUAAAGAAGGGAUUUGAACAAGUAACUUCUGUUUCAAAUGCAUUGAUCUCUAUGUAUAUUCAGUUUCCUACAGGCGUCAUGAAAGAUGCUCUGUCUCUAUUUGAAUCCUUAAAAUCUAAGGAUCUUGUCUCUUGGAAUUCAAUUAUGACAGGGUUCUCCCAAAAAGGUCUCAGCGAGGAUGCAGUAAAGUUCUUUAGCUACUUAAGAUCUUCAAACAUAGAAGUCGACGAUUACGCCUUCUCUGCAGUUCUCAGAUCAUGCUCGGACCUAGCAACACUCCAGUUAGGUCAGCAGACUCACGCUCUUGCCACUAAAUCAAGCUUCGAAUCAAACGAGUUUGUAACCAGUUCUCUGAUCUUGAUGUACUCAAAAUGUGGAGUAAUUGAGAACGCGAGAAAAUGCUUCGAGCAGAUUUCUUCCAAACACAGUACAAUAGCUUGGAACGCGAUGAUUCUAGGAUACGCUCAACACGGUUCAGGCCAAGUCUCUCUUGAUCUCUUCUCUCAAAUGUGUAACCAAAACGUGAAACUAGACCAUGUAACCUUCACUGCAAUUCUAACAGCUUGUAGCCACACCGGUUUUAUACAAGAGGGACUCGAGUUGCUCAACUCGAUGGAAUCUGUUUACAAAAUCCAACCUCGAAUGGAACAUUAUGCAGCUGCAGUUGAUCUCUUAGGCAGAGCAGGGCUUGUGAACAAAGCGAAAGAGUUAAUCGAAUCAAUGCCAUUGAAUCCUGAUCCAAUGGUGUUGAAAACUUUCCUUGGAGUUUGCAGGGCUUGUGGAGAGAUCGAAAUGGCUACUCAAGUGGCUAACCAUUUGCUAGAGAUCGAACCAGAAGAUCAUUUUACGUAUGUUUCGUUGUCUCAUAUGUAUAGUGAUCUAAAGAAAUGGGAAGAGAAAGCAAAUGUGAAGAAGAUGAUGAAAGAGAGAGGUGUAAAGAAAGUUCCAGGUUGGAGCUGGAUUGAGAUUAGAAAUCAAGUUAAUGCCUUUAAUGCUGAAGACCGAUCUCAUUCUCUUUCGAAAGAGAUUUAUUUGAUGAUUGAAGACUUGACUCAGGAAAUGCAGUGGCUUGAUUCUGAUAAUGGGUUUGAUCAAGCUUCACUUAUUGGUGUAAAUUUUGUUUUUUGACGAUAAGUUCUUGUUUUAAAUCACUUACUGUUUCUUUAAUUUAAAACCAAUAAUAAUAAUAGAGAUAUCGAGAGACU